ACUCUUUCAUUGGUUGGCAAUAGUAUGGCUAAUAGGGACAAGCAAGCAGAAGGCUGCUAAUGCCCCAGAAUGAAUUGGGUCUUCCUUUCUAUGGCAGGUGCCAACAGUGGUUCAUUGCAUACCCAAUAAUAAAUUCUUUCCACAGUGCAAUUCUGUAGAGCAGAGUCCCAUUUAAUUUGAUGGGAUUAACUCUCAGGUAAGGCUCCAAUCCUAACCCCGUUUUCCAGGGAGCAAGCCUCAUCAAAUUCAGAGGCGUUUACUUCUGAGUAGGCAUGGUUAGGACUGCAGUGGAAGUGUAGCCAAUCCCUAAGUGACAUUGAUCUCAGUUGUAUCUGGGUCUGGAAUGUCCUGUUGCUGUUCCGUUCUUGUUGGAGAGACACCAAGAUCCUAGCUUCCUGGCUGGAAUGUCCUCUUAAGACAUGAUAGAGUUGUGUGACCUGAACUGGAAUAAUAAUUUUGUGUAUGGUUUUUAUAGGAAAGCAUCUAAAAUAACCCUCAUCAUUCUUUCUCUACAGGGUUCGAAACCUCAGGGUGGUUCAUCAGAAACGGUCCGUGUUACCAUCCAGGAGGGUCGGCCUUCAGGAUCACAGGGUGGUAGCUCUGUUAGCAUACAGGGCGGUCAGCCUUCAGGAUCACAGGGCGGUAGCUCGGUUAACAUACAGGGACAGUCUUCAAGCUCACAGGGCAGCAGCUCCUCCGGCAAACAGCAGGGUGGAUCUUAUUCAACCGGUGGCAGUCCCUGUGGCAAGGGGAUUACAUAUGACGGCAAUCCCUGCAACCAGGGCCAAGCAUCGUCCUCCUCGUCCUCCUCCUCAUCUUAUUCAUCGUCUUCUUCUUCACAAAGCACCUAUGGCCAGGGUGGCUCACAAUCUCAAGGCAAACCCAACGCUUGUCCUCCGGGGAUAGAUACUUCUUCCAACAACAGAAAUAGAUGCUGAGUGGUAAAUAUCAGCUCUUAUUAUACAAAGAUGAAUCUCAAACAAUAUAUGUUGAAACAGAAAACCGGUCUGGAGAGGAAGAAUAUAAUUCAAUAGUCACGAGAGCAACUGGAAUUUCUCAGAGUUCAAAUACAUUGCAAAAUUACCUGUCUGCGUUGCCUCCCUGACACCUCAUGCUGCAGAACAGAAGUGUUCAUGUUUUCACAAGUCAAAACCAGGAGUCGUGAAGUGAAAUAAAAACAACUUUUUCCUUAAAA